AUUGGCUGCUUUGAAUUUUCCGACAGAUUUGACUGGCCUGUUUCUCGCUGUUUAAAAGCAAACCGUCUCUUUCAUUAGGAAUGCUUGGGGUUUCCGACAGUACGCCGUUUCUACUUUUUCCACUUUGGAGUUCCUAUUUCGUUUAAUUUCAGGAUGAGCUCUGUUGAGGUGAAUGAUGAGAAUAGCGGCAUCUGCCCCAGAGGAGGAAAGCACAAGGGCAAAGGUGAGGACAUUUUCGAACUAGAGCAGCCGACCGGGAGGCCUUCAAUCCUGCGUCAGACGGAGAACCUCCCCAGCAAGACGGUGCCGAAGAGUGCAAAGGUUUGUUUCCAGACUCCAAGAAGAGACCCAGUCACUAAAAGGAUUUUAUCUCCCGCAAACUUGGUUAAAAUGUCAAGUGUGGAUGAGUGCACAAAAGCGAUGAAGUCUUUAAAUUUGGACUUGACAAAGUGCACCUUGCCACAAGAGACAUCAAAAGAACUGGAUGGUCCCAUACAAGAACUGUCCUCCUACCCUGAUGAUGACAUGCCAAUACAAAGCAAAGGAGGUUACCAGUUGGACUUUGACAACCUGGACAGCGUUGACCCUUUCAAGAGCUCCAGUAAAGUGUCUCUCUCACCCCCGAGGACUCUCGUUGAGAGCACGUCUCCCGGACAGCCAGACAAUACGUGUGGGGAGCCCGCCAGCAAGUCCGAUUCGGGACUAGAUGAGACUCUUCCCUUCACUCACUCUGGAGACAACUCACUCGUCAAUGUAUCCGCUGAGGUCAGCUCGACAGACAGCAGCGUGGUCACCGUGGUGAAAGUUUUAGCUGUAGAGCAAGAGUCACGCGGCGCCACACCUGAAGAGGUCCCUGCCAAGACAUUCUCCAGAAGCGAUGAAAACAAACCAUCAAACAGUUUUAUGGAAGAUGCACCUCUGCCUUCAAAAGGAUCUUACAACAUUGAUUUUGACAACAUUGACGCAACAGAUCCCUUUAAACCUGGAUGCUCCAAAAUCCAGAAUUCCCCUGUCCUGGUGAAGAAAUCACCAGAUCAUGAGGCCCAGUUAAAGCCUGCAGAUGAAGAUGUACCCAUUGAAGCAGACUUGGAGCCCUUCGCCUCCCUGCGCCCUGCUCCAUCUGACGCUCAAGGGGCCGAUUUGGAGCGCUACCUGGCGACCCCGCCCAUCAAGGAAAGCCCGGCCAAGCUUGAGGUAGAAUUUAGUGAUGGUGAGGUCAAACAGAAGCCCCAAAACCUUGGUAAAGAACCACAUGUCCUCAAGCCCGAAGAGGAGUCCAACACUUUGGUGGCAGCAGCUGAUGCAGAAAAAUUACCUGCGAGUGAUGAGGCAGAUGCGAGCUCCCCCAAAGCAUUGUACUCCUUAGACUUUGAAAAACUGGACAACCCUGACUUAAACCCCUUUGCCACAAAGUCCAAUAUCAACCAGUCUCCCAAGAGCAGCCCGAACCCAAGCCCUCCACAGAACACAGCACACAAGGCACCUGCUUGCACCAAUGAGAGGACGUCCAUAGCUAAAGCCGACACCGAAGUGCUACAAGAGCAGGAAGUUGACAAGACUGCUUGUGAUGAGACUCGUGCAUUGGCACCCAAAAUUGAAAGGUGUACAAAUAAUUUUUCUGAACAACUACAGACCAACUUGUCAAAUUUCACUGAGGAGUUUGUGCCUGGGACUGAGUUUAUGUCCAACAACUUUGGGGAACAAAUUGACUACCUUGAACAGUUUGGUUCAAGUGGCUUUAAGGAGUCUGCACUGCGCAAACAGUCUUUGUACCUUAAAUUCGACCCCCUCCUAAGGGAGAGUCCAAAGAAGUGUGGAGGAGGCGCAGUCAAUCCAUUACAAGCUCCUCGGCCUUCUUCUCUCAUGUCCCGGCUUGAAACCCUACCAGCAGCCAGCGACACUGCGGCAUCUCCUACUCCCCCAGUAAUCAGGAGCCUCGUCCCAGCGCUCUCGAAGCCUGCAAGCACAGAAGACAUCAUUGACGUGCUCAAGUACAGCCAGAAAGACUUGGACGCGGCCAUCGCCAAAGUCCAGGCUGAGGCAAAGGAAAAAGAGGAGCAAAUGUGUGCAAAGUACCAGCAGUUACAAGACGAUGGUCAGGAAAUGAGGAAAAUAAUAGCCGAAUUUGAGUUCAUCAUUGCAAAAAUGAUGGCGGAACAAGAGAAGGAGCGCGAGGCUUUCCAGGUGAAGCUGGACGGGGUCAUGCUGGAGAAGGAGCAGGUCUCCAGUGACCUCAACGCCAUGGAGAGGUCCUUCUCGGACCUUUUUAGACGGCUGGACAAGUACAAGGAGAUCAUUGAGGGUUACAAAAAGAAUGAGGAGACCCUGAAAGCUUGCGCUCAGGACUACCUGGGGAGAAUCAAAAAGGAGGAGAAGCGCUACCAGACCCUCAAAGCCCACGCUGAGGAGAAAAUUGGCCAGGCCAAUGAAGAAAUAGCUGACGUGCGCGCCAAGAACAAAGCGGAGGUGUCGGCGCUGCAAGUCCAGCUGCGGCGUGAACAGUUGAAGGUGCACUCGCUGGAGAAGAACCUGGCCCAGAAGGUGAAGGAGGCCGAAGAGUUGACCAAACUCUGUGACGAACUCAUCAGCAACGUCCAGAACGGGUGAUUGACUUCAGUUGUCGUACAUGUUUUGUCUCCUUUCUGUUCCUCUCGUCACUUUUCAUUCGUAAUGAAGUUACAUUUGUAUUUUGUCAAUGUUUUUAAAAUACUGUACAGUAAGAGUAAAUAAAGAAGUUUAACCUGU